UUUGGUUUUAGCGGCGCGUUCUAUCAAAUCGCCACCUCAUUGCAACCUGACCAUCUCGCCAAAGCCGCCGGCUUUCUUCGUCCCUUUUCCGCCGUCAACGCCAAACUCCGGUAUAUAACUAAGCUCCAUCUCCAUGUCGAUAUCCAUUUCCUUCCCUAAUUCUUCUCUCUCUCUCUCCCUUUCCCUUCCCUCCUCUCUUCCCCAUGCCCUCUUUCCCUCUCCUCCCUCUUCCAUGUCUCUCCUCCGCCGCUUGACGCCCGGCAAUCUUAGAUUUAACCUCCGUCAGCGCUCCGGCCGAUUCGCUACCGCUGCUGCUGCAGCCGUACGUCAGGACACCGCUGCUUGGACUCAAGCUCCUCUCGCCCAAGUUGAGCCUGCCGCGGAGUCACUCUUCCAUAUUUCCAUAGACGUGUCAGACGCGCCGGACCUCGCUGCUUCUCACACGCGUGCUGGUCAAUACCUGCAGCUUCGUGUCCCUGACGUGGAGAAACCGACGUUCCUUGCCAUUGCGUCUCCUCCGUUACUUGCGUCUGCGGAAGGCGUCUUUGAGUUCCUGGUGAAGAGCGUGGAGGGCUCAAUCGCUGAGCUUCUCUGUGGAUUGAAGAAAGGAGAUGUCGUACAACUCAGUCAGGUCAUGGGGAAGGGGUUCGAUGUCGAUCAAAUCGCGCCGCCUCAAGAUUACCCUACCGUUUUUAUUUUUGCUACUGGAUCUGGAAUCAGUCCAAUACGAUCUCUAAUUGAGUCAGGCUUUGGCGCAAGUAAGAGGUCUGAUGUGAGGCUAUAUUAUGGUGCAAGAAACCUCAAAAGAAUGGCUUAUCAGGAUAGAUUCGAUGAGUGGGAAUCUUCUGGUGUUAAGGUUGUGCCUGUAUUGUCACAACCUGAGAAUGAUUGGACUGGUGAAAGUGGCUAUGUUCAGGCUGCCUUCACGAAAGCAAAGAAAGCUUUCGACCCUCGUUCGUCGGGUGCUAUACUCUGUGGUCAGAAACAGAUGACUGAGGAAGUUACAUCAAUUCUUGUAGCAGAUGGAGUCUCUAGUGAGAAGAUACUAAAGAACUUUUAAAAAAGAAACAAACAGAUGAUAGCAUUGUUGUAAUCCAUUAGGUCGAAGUUGUUUAUAAUCAUUUGUUUCACCCUACUGCUGAGGGUAAGCACCUCAGCUUGGACAAGAUAAAAAAAAAAAAGUAUUUUGGGGAAUAGAAACAUCUACAAUAUUUAUGUCCAAAUUUUUCAGGACUGAUGCGCCAAGGUGUAGAACUUCUACCUCCCAUCUGUUCUCAUUUGGAGGUCAGGUUCACACGUACUAUUAGAAAUUUCUUGGAACUUCAUAUUUUUGCAAUAAAAUUCUCCAUAUUUGAAGAUCCUA